UUAUGGGUUUUUAGUUGGGUGAGUUUCAGUGGGGUGAUAAGGUGCAACAUUGUGUUUAACAUUUAUGAUCGACGAAGUAAAAUGGAUGUAUUUCGUCAAUGUUUAACGAUUUCCAUGUGAUUCGUGUGACCGAAAAAUAAAUCUUUGUAUUCCCAUGGGAGCGUUGUUCAACUGAGGUCUGAGAGACUUUAUUUACAUCUCGAAUGACGUCUAACCUAUAAAGUAGCUGUCAACAGUGGUAAUUUUGCCUGAGCUACGUCCACCGUCACAACAAAUUCGAACCUGGAAGUCCAGUAUUUCCCCUGAAAAUACUGCUGGACAAAAUCAAUUCCCCCAAUUCACUCAUCAAAUUAAAUUGAAGGACUGAAAAAUGGGUAAGCAUGAGCCUGGAACACCGAAAUACAUCGCCAACAAAAUCAAGUCAAAAGGCCUUCAAAAGCUCCGAUGGUACUGCCAAAUGUGUGAGAAGCAGUGUCGAGACGAGAAUGGCUUCAAGUGUCACACAAUGUCGGAGUCUCAUCACAGACAGCUCCUCCUGUUUGCUGACAAUGCCCACAAGUUCAUGGACCAGUUUUCCCAGGAGUUCUCCCAGGGCUACUUGCACCUAUUGAAGAGACAGUUUGGAACGCGACGAGUGGCAGCCAACAGGGUCUACCAGGACUACAUCGCUGACAGAGGUCAUGUUCACAUGAAUGCGACUAUUUGGUUAAGUCUGACCGCGUUUGUCAAGUGGUUAGGGAGAACUGGCAAGUGUGUUGUUGAUGAGACUGAGAAAGGAUGGUUCGUCACGUACAUUGAUCGUGACCCAGAGACCCUCGCCCUCCAAGAGAAGAAAGCAAAGAAAGAAAAAAUGGACAAGGACGAUGAAGAGCGUCUGAUGUACUUCAUUGAGAAACAGGUGGAACAAGGACGUCAGGAGAAUUCCGUCUCUCAAGAGGAUACACUGGCUCCUCUCGAGCGGUCCGAAGAGGAUGGACCCCUAAUUCUCGACAUGAAGCUCAAGAUAAAACCGAAACUGAUGGGACCACCACUGGCCCCACCGCCCAAGCGAGGAGAAUCCUCCACUACCUUAACAGUCAAGGAAGAGCCACAGUCGGAGGAUGACUGUGAUAACCAUCGAGCUCCCAGUGAAUGCCGAUCCGAGAUAAGUGUAAAGCGAGCCCACGAAGCUUACGAUGACAUUCCGCAGGAAGCUAAACGAGGACGGAGAGGCUAUGGGGCAGCAGAGGUAGAGGCGUCGACAUGUGCCUCUGCAGGUGGAUGGCUCCAGGAAGGGUUGAUAGUGAAAAUAAUAACAAAAACACUGGGGCAAAAAUACUACAAAGCAAAAGGUGUCGUUCAGUCCCCAAUACUGGAGUCCGGAUACGUCGGGAAGAUCAAGUUGACAUCACCAGAAGAGGUCGGCGGUCACGUCGUGAAAUUGGACCAGGAGCACCUGGAGACUGUGAUACCAGCUAUAGGAAGAGAGGUGCUUAUUAUCCAGGGAAAGUACAAGGGGUGUAAGGGAAUUGUAAGGAGAGUUCGCAUGGGGGACUUCAGUGUCGAUGUUGAAUUCCUGACGGAGGAGGGUUGUGUGAAAAAAUUACCCUACGAAUUUAUCUGCAAAUACUCAGAUCCCUGCACGGUGUAACGAAGCUUUCAAUUAAUUUAAGGAAUUGUAAAUUUUUCGAUAUUUUUUUAUGUAUUCAUAACUACAUAUAAGUCAGUGUAAAUUUUAUCUAGAAUUAUUAAACGAGAUAGAGUAGGUUCAAGUA